UUUUUUCCUGCUAUGUGACCAAUGCGACCAGGAUUUCCCCCUAUGUCAUUAAAAUAGGGCAUUGUACGUCCCCCCUUCAUGCAACAGAACAGGCUUGCAUGUCUCUGAUUGGAUGGCUGGGUUUGAUACUGCUGAUAAAGGGAUCCGUGGUUUAUGAUUGAUGGUGUGGAAAUUGUGGUUUAUAUCAUAAAGAGGAAUAAGCAAAGUAUCACUUGUUGCUAGCAAAUGUAAUGUCAUCUUAUUUUUGACACAUGGAUUCAGUUUGAAUUUGCUUUAUAAACGGCCCACACCAUGCCUUGAUAUACUUGGCAGUUGACGCAAUUCUGCAACAUCAUUUUUAUUGUGGAAAUCCUCUGUUCUAAUUGAAAGACAUUAUCUGCUGUGCAGUUCAAUCAGUGUGGCAGAUCUAAGGGGUGAAGACCCAUAUUUAUCAGUCAGUGAUCAGUUUUAUUGCAACAAUUACCAGUUGUUAAAUGAGACUUUAAAUUCAACCAAACCAUUUGAAGAGCAAAAACUAAUCAGUCAUGUUAACUUUGUGAAUGUAAUGAUCUUUUCUUUUUUCUGUUAGAGCGUUUGUGUGGGAGUGUGAGAGAAACAGGAUGUGAGAGUGGUAACAGUUAUCCACUUUUUGUUCAGACUUUGAACCCUGUUCUUCGCAAUAAUCGUGCAACAUUGCCAGCCAAAAAAGGAAUGACAAUCUUUGAGUGGUCAGUAAUGUAGCUUGAAGCUUAGCCAUUGUGUAACUGAGGCUACGGCCUUGGUAAGUUGCCAUCUGUGGAGCCUCAGCUCUCCUCUGAUUAUCUGGGGCCUUAUGUUUCAACGUGGGCUUGUAUGGAUUUGAUCAUAAAAUGGAGCCAAUGCCAAAAUCCACCCAAAACAUCAGACUGAUUAAACUAGAAAUCUGUGUAAAGUGUUUACAGAUGUGAACAAACUCUGGAAUAUACAUGCUGCAGUUUUCUUGUAGCUCUACAGCUGUCUUUCAGGCAAUCUACAGCUAUGAUCUUUCCACAGAAAGAGACUGAAAUAAUUUGAGCGUGGUGCCAUCCAUCUAUCCAUCCAUCCAUCCAUCCAUCCAUCAUCUUCUGCUUAUCCAAGACUGCUGGUCUGUUUGGUGAAGUGACCCCACCAUGCGUGAAUACAAAUUAGUGGUGCUAGGCUCGGGAGGCGUAGGGAAAUCUGCGCUGACAGUCCAGUUUGUACAGGGAAUUUUCGUGGAGAAGUAUGACCCCACAAUAGAAGACUCCUACAGAAAGCAAGUGGAAGUGGACGCGCAGCAAUGUAUGUUGGAGAUCCUUGACACGGCAGGGACGGAACAGUUUACAGCGAUGAGGGACCUGUACAUGAAGAAUGGCCAGGGCUUUGCUCUGGUCUACUCUAUAACGGCACAGUCAACGUUCAAUGACCUGCAGGACCUAAGGGAGCAGAUCCUACGAGUAAAGGACACUGAAGAUGUGCCUAUGAUCCUGGUAGGCAAUAAGUGUGACCUGGAGGAGGAGCGUGUUGUAGGCAAGGAGCAGGGCCAAAACUUGGCCCGACAGUGGAACAACUGUGCCUUUUUAGAGACCUCGGCAAAGUCAAAGAUCAAUGUUAAUGAGAUCUUCUAUGACCUGGUCAGACAGAUAAAUAGGAAAACGCCAGUGGAAAAGAAAAAAGCAAAGAGGAAGUCUAACUGCACAAUCCUGUAGACCUGCCCCCUGCAGCAGCUCUGAGCCAGAAUGCUGUAAUGACGAACUGUUGCCCAAUCAGAAUGCCAGCAUUUCAGUCCUCAACAAUGACGUGGUGUUAAAGUGACACCAACAGCAUGUCGCUCUCCUUCCAUAAACCACAAAGAGAGAAGGAUCGGCAUAUCUCAGACUCCUCUCUGCUUUUAUAUCCUACAACAACGUGAAGAAUUAUUUUGGGGGGGGGGGGUUCCUUUUUUAAUGUCCCACCUCCCCAAAGGUCCCCUCCAACAGCAGAACAUCGCAAUCACUGUAAUGGCACCUCAUAAUUGUCCCCAGAUACUCCCGAUCUCUGGAAAAUGCAAACAUAAGACUGCAGUAUUUUUCAUCUUGGCAAUAGCUUAUUUGAAGACAUUGACAUUGUGCUAAACACCUAAUCUUAAAAUGACCUGGAGUUCAAAUCAGUCUAAUUGUUGCAAGUGAAAUCAAGUGGAAAUCAGCCUUUUUACAACCGUAACCCAUCCUUCUGCGUUAAUUAUGUUGGCAGUAAUAGAUUUAUGUCCAUAUGUCCUUACAGAGACAUCUGCAAAUAACAUCUGUUUUAUAAUUUGCAUCACCAGCUUUCAUAUUUUCCCCAUAAUAUAUUCCAGGUCCAGUUCUUGUUUGCAUAAUAAUGCUUUGAAACAGUUCUUUUUAUAGAAGGACAUUGGGAAAAUAGUAAGUUGAUUUCUAUGUCUCUUGAAGCUAAAUAUAUUAUACUAAACCAACUCUAAUAUUGCUUCUUGUGUUUUCCUGUCACAAAAUAAUUUUGAGCUUUUAUGAAUGAUUAAAUUUUAGUACAUUUUUCAUUAUUUUUGGUCAUGUUUUUUGCUUUUAUUUGCAUUAACUCACAUUUAUCAGGACAGAUUUGCUGCAUUAGGUCUGAGAGCGAACUUUCAGCUCAGUCGGUAAUGAGUUUAGAUUUAAACUGUUUAUACAAUUAUCGGUUCCACAUGAAUGACAGAUAUGUUGACCUUUACAGCCCAUUAGUUGUGUUACAAUAUUUAUUUUCUCCUGGAAUUUUGUGGUUUUGUAAAUUUGAUGCAUGAAGUUUGUUCGUUGGCCACUAGGUGGCAGGGUAAAUUUGGAAAUGGGUUGGUAAGCUAAAAUACAAUGUCCAUUCUAUUGAAUAAGUAAUGGUUUGAUUCCCUUGGCUUGAAGAUGUAAAGUCAUUGAGUGUUGACUUUAGUCUCAAUUUGAGUAAAGGCAGUAUUUUGACUAAACUGGUCUAAAAGCAACAUUUAAUAAGUCAAUAUCGCUGUGAUCUUACACUAAUACUAAACUGGAAAAUUACCACAUUGCAGUAUGAUUCUGAACGUAUUUUUUAUUAACCAAAUAAAAUAAAUGCACUGCCAGUUCGUACUAUGUAAUUACAUAAUUUUGUGCUAAAAAUCAUCUCACUAUACCAUGUCAAUGUCUGAAUGUUCAUAUGGGCUAAUGGUGAAUUUAACAGUAUUUGUAAGAAUUCACAUCCAUAGUUAAUAACAGGAAGACAGGCAUGUCAUAUUGUCCUUAAUCCAUACUCCAUGAUGACAUGUUCAGGUACCAUAAGGGGAACAAAAGUAUUUUCCUUAACAUAAAUUUCAUGAGUUUUUCAUGAGUUAUUGUACCUGUGUCAUAACAGUGCUUAAUUUGUCUGUCAUUUGUAUGAGCAAAGUUUGAAUUGGGGAAUGGGAUGGUGCUACGAUGGAGUCUUGAACUUGGGCAGCUCUCUGGUGAAUUUGUAUGAAGACGUGAAUGAGAUCCUGCUGUCUGUUGCACUCAUCUCCAGACACUGCUUUGUGCUGCUGUUUUGGGCUGGAGGUGUCCCUAGCGGACUCAUCUACAGACUUUGAUGGAUUUCAGAAAGUCUAGCAGUUACCUGAACUUGCCUUUUAACGAUACCCAAGUUGAUCAUCUUGAAUAAGUUCCUGAUGUUUUAAUGGUAGUUCUUGGCAAAGGCAUCUGUCAUACAAAUCCUGCUUUUCAAACAUCUCUGAAAUCCUUUCUUAAAACCAUUGGUUUUAUAGUAACUGUUGAAUGGCAGCAUUCACAGAGUAAAAUGGUACAAAAUGCCUGUUGUCAAAAGAUCAUUUCCAAAGUCUGCUGUUGUAAUAAAACUCAAGAAACCCCCAAAUAUUCUUUUAUUUGAACCCUCAGUUAUGAGGGUCACUUGUAUACUGGAUGUUCUAAUUUGCAUGUUUGUGUAUUACAUGGUAUGAGUUACAGCUGAAUGACACCGUAUGUAGAGCAUGUGAUGAAGCUCUUUCACUGUUCGGAGCAGAGUUGUAUGUGCCCAGAGAUCACAACACAGCCUGCGCUCCAUGGAACAAACAUUUUAUUUAUCCUGUAACGUCCACGAGAUUGCAGACAUCCAUAAACCUCAAUGCCAUGGUAUGCAUAUGAGGCUUGGGUCCAAAAAUGAACUGUAAUGAUACAGAAUUUAGUGCCGGUCACUGGUUACUGUCAGCAAAUUGGAGAAUAUCUUGUCAUUUUCUAUUCACAAUUGUUUUUACGGUCAAAUACUCCUUUUUAACAGUACUGAUGCAACCAGUGUCUUAUGAUUAAUGCGCAAAAUUGAUUUUGUGACCAUACCUGCUGAGUUUUUGAAUAACAGGAGGAAUUUUUCUGUGUGUUCUAGUUCUCUUUUUCAAGUUUUAACCUUUUAUAAAUUGUAUCGUUUGCUACCAAGUCCUGGGCUGCAUAAAUAAUAAAUGAUUAGUGGUUUUCUUAA